AUGUCUGACUACGGUGGUGACAAUGAUGCCGAGGAGAACCUCGACUACGAGCCCAAUGAAGAGUUCUACGAUGAGAACGACCCGGAAGAUUUCAUCGACCAUGAGAACCCAGAUGAUGCUGAAGGCGUUGAUUCCUACCAGCCUGCCGUAAACGGCGAACAAGUUGUUGUCUCGGGCGAUUCUGGGUAUGCAAGCAAAGCGCUGGAGCAGUCUCGCGAGAAGAAGGUUCCCAACGACCAACGAAGCACCACUCCGUACCUGACCAAGUACGAGCGCGCGCGUGUGCUGGGCACCCGAGCAUUGCAGAUCAGUAUGAACGCUCCAGUUCUUGUUGACCUCGAGGGUGAGACCGACCCCUUGCAGAUUGCCAUGAAGGAAUUGAACCAGAAGAAGAUUCCUCUGAUCGUACGGCGAUAUUUGCCUGGCGGAUGGUACGAGGACUGGACUUGUGAGGAGCUCCUGUAG